UCCAUCAAUUCUUCGCGAGUGACCACUAAUUCAGCACAAAAAUGGCGGAGAGAAAAGCGGUCAACAAAUACUAUCCGCCCGAUUGGACGCCCGCCAAGGGAUCCAUCAAUAAAUACCGCGGAAGUCAUCCCCUGAGAGACAGAGCGCGCAAACUUCAUGAGGGAAUACUCAUCAUUAGGUUUGAGAUGCCGUACAAUAUUUGGUGCGAUGGCUGUAAUAAUCACAUCGGAAUGAGUGUCCGAUUUAACGCCCAGAAGUCGAAGACUGGGAUGUAUUACACGACUCCUAUACACAAGUUUCGUAUGAAAUGUCAUUUGUGUGACAAUCACUUUGAGAUGCAAACGGAUCCCAAGAAUUUUGAUUACGUUAUACUGAGCGGCGCUCGACGUCAGGAACUCCGUUGGGAUCCCACAGACAACGAACAGGUUGUGCCCGAAGAGAGGGAAGUGUCCAAAAAGUUGGCCACAGAUUCCAUGUUUAAACUCGAACACGAAGUCGAGGACAAAGCGAAGGCCAAGAGUGUGGCGCCAGUCAUACAA